AUGCCGCGCUCGCGGGGACCAGAGCCGGGGCGCUGCGGCUGCCCCGGAGGGAGGGCUGGCGGCGAAGCCGGGAUUUCAGCGCCGGUGCCGGGAGCCGGGAGCCGCUGGGGCCGCCCGCCGCCGCCGCCGACACCGACGCCGCCGCCGCUGCUGUGGCUGCUGGGCUGGGGGCUGCUCAGCGCCUCGGCCGCCGCGGGCCAGAACUGUACCUUCCAACUACAAGGUCCCAAUGGAACGGUGGAGAGCCCAGGCUUUCCAUACGGCUACCCCAAUUACGCCAACUGCACGUGGACCAUCACCGCAGAGGAGCAGCACAGGAUCCAGCUGGUGUUCCAGUCCUUUGCUCUGGAAGAGGACUUUGACGUCCUGUCGGUGUAUGACGGCCCGCCCCAACCAGAGAACCUGCGGACAAGGCUCACUGGCUUUCAACUGCCAGCUACUAUUGUCAGCAUGGCUACGACCCUGUCCCUGCGCCUCAUCAGUGACUAUGCGGUCAGCGCCCAGGGCUUUCACGCCAGCUAUGAAGUUCUCCCGAGCCACACGUGUGGGAACCCAGGCAGGCUGCCCAAUGGCAUCCAGCAAGGCGCGACCUUCAACCUGGGCGAUAAGGUUCGCUACAGCUGCAACCCGGGCUUCUUCCUGGAGGGCCACGCCGUGCUCACCUGCCACGCUGGCUCCGAGAACAGCGCCGCGUGGGACUUCCCUCUGCCCUCCUGCAGAGCUGAUGAUGCUUGUGGCGGGACCCUGCGGGGCCAGAGCGGCAUCAUCUCCAGCCCCCACUUUCCCUCGGAGUACCACAACAACGCCGACUGCACAUGGACCGUCCUGGCGGAGCUGGGGGACACCAUCGCCCUGGUCUUCAUUGAUUUCCAGCUGGAGGAUGGCUAUGACUUCCUGGAGGUCACAGGGACCGAAGGCGCCUCCCUCUGGUUCACGGGAGCCAGCCUCCCAGCCCCGGUCAUCAGCAGCAAGAACUGGCUCCGGCUGCACUUCACGUCCGACGGCAACCACCGACAGCGAGGCUUCAGUGCCCAGUACCAAGUCAAGAAGCAAAUCGAGCUGAAAUCUCGAGGCGUGAAGUUGAUGCCCAGCAAAGACAACAACCAGAAGACAUCUGUGUUAACUCAGGUUGGUGUGUCCCAAGGACAUAAUAUGUGUCCAGACCCUGGCAUACCUGAAAAGGGCAAAAGACUAGGCUCGGACUUCAGGUUAGGGUCCAGCGUCCAGUUCACCUGCAACGAGGGCUAUGACCUGCAAGGGUCCAAGCGGAUCACCUGCAUGAAAGUGAGCGACAUGUUUGCAGCCUGGAGCGACCACAGGCCAGUCUGCCGAGCCCGCAUGUGUGAUGCCCAUCUUCGAGGCCCCUCGGGCAUCAUCACCUCCCCCAAUUUCCCCAUUCAGUACGACAACAAUGCACAUUGUGUAUGGGUCAUCACGGCGCUCAACCCUGCCAAGGUGAUCAAGCUAGCCUUUGAAGAGUUUGAUCUGGAGAGGGGCUACGACACCCUGACCGUCGGGGACGGUGGGCAGGAUGGGGACCAGAAGACGGUUCUCUACAUCCUGACAGGGACAUCGGUCCCCGAUCUCAUCGUCAGUACCCACCAUCAGAUGUGGCUCCUCUUCCAGACAGAUGGCAGUGGCAGCUCCCUGGGAUUCAAGGCUUCCUAUGAAGAGAUCGAACAGGGCAGCUGUGGAGACCCUGGCAUUCCUGCCUACGGACGACGGGAAGGCUCUCGCUUUCGCCAUGGUGACACACUCAAGUUUGAGUGUCAACCUGCCUUUGAGCUGGUCGGGCAGAAAGCAAUCACGUGCCAAAAGAAUAACCAGUGGUCGGCUAAGAAGCCAGGCUGCGUGUUUUCCUGCUUCUUCAAUUUCACCAGCCCCUCGGGGGUCGUCCUGUCUCCCAACUACCCAGAGGACUACGGCAACCACCUCCACUGCGUCUGGCUCAUCCUGGCCCGCCCCGAGAGCCGCAUCCACCUGGCCUUCAAUGACAUCGAUGUGGAGCCUCAGUUCGACUUCCUGGUCAUCAAGGAUGGAGCCACUGCCGAGGCCCCUGUCCUGGGCACCUUCUCAGGAAACCAGCUCCCCUCCUCCAUCACCAGCAGUGGCCACGUAGCCCGUCUUGAGUUCCAGACUGACCACUCCACGGGGAAGAGGGGUUUUAACAUCACCUUCACCACCUUCAGACACAAUGAGUGCCCGGACCCUGGCGUUCCCGUUAACGGCAAGCGGUUUGGUGACAGCCUACAGCUGGGUAGCUCUAUCUCCUUCCUGUGCGACGAAGGCUUUCUUGGGACGCAAGGCUCUGAGACCAUCACCUGUGUCCUAAAAGAGGGCAGCGUGGUGUGGAACAGUGCUGUGCUGCGCUGUGAAGCUCCUUGUGGUGGUCACCUGACUGCACCUAGUGGCACCAUUCUCUCUCCUGGCUGGCCUGGCUUCUACAAGGAUGCCCUGAGCUGCGCCUGGGUGAUCGAAGCACAGCCCGGCUACCCCAUCAAAAUCACCUUCGACAGGUUUAAAACCGAAGUCAACUAUGACACUCUCGAAGUGAGAGAUGGGCGGACAUACUCAGCACCAUUGAUUGGAGUUUUCCACGGGACCCAGGUCCCCCAGUUCCUCAUUAGCACCAGCAACUACCUCUACCUCCUCUUCUCUACUGACAAGAGUCACUCAGACAUUGGCUUUCAGCUCCGCUAUGAGACUAUAACACUGCAGUCAGACCACUGUCUGGAUCCCGGCAUCCCUGUCAAUGGGCAGCGUCAUGGGAAUGACUUCUAUGUGGGAGCGCUGGUGACAUUCAGCUGCGACUCGGGCUACACGUUAAGUGACGGGGAGCCCCUGGAGUGUGAGCCAAAUUUCCAGUGGAGCAGGGCUCUGCCCAGCUGUGAAGCUCUCUGUGGUGGCUUCAUUCAAGGCUCCAGUGGCACCAUCUUGUCACCAGGGUUCCCUGACUUCUACCCCAACAACCUGAACUGCACCUGGGUUAUUGAAACAUCACAUGGCAAAGGUGUGUUCUUCACUUUCCACACUUUCCACCUGGAAAGCGGCCACGACUACCUUCUCAUCACCGAGAAUGGCAGCUUCACGCAGCCCCUGCGGCAGCUCACGGGCUCUCGGCUUCCAGCUCCCAUCAGCGCCGGGCUGUACGGCAACUUCACUGCCCAAGUCCGCUUCGUUUCCGAUUUCUCCAUGUCUUACGAAGGAUUCAACAUCACCUUCUCAGAGUAUGACUUGGAGCCCUGUGAGGAGCCGGAGGUCCCAGCCUACAGCAUCCGGAAGGGCUUGCAGUUUGGCGUGGGCGACACCUUGACCUUCUCCUGCUUCCCCGGGUACCGUCUGGAGGGCACGGCCCGCAUCACGUGCCUGGGGGGCAGACGGCGCCUGUGGAGCUCGCCUCUGCCAAGGUGUGUUGCUGAGUGUGGGAAUUCGGUCACAGGCACUCAGGGCACUUUGCUAUCUCCCAACUUUCCUGUGAACUACAAUAACAAUCACGAAUGCAUCUACUCCAUCCAGACGCAGCCAGGGAAAGGGAUUCAACUUAAAGCCAGGGCAUUCGAACUCUCUGAAGGAGACGUCCUCAAGGUCUAUGACGGCAGUAACAACUCCGCCCGCUUGCUGGGAGUCUUCAGCCGCUCUGAGAUGUUGGGGGUGGCUUUGAACAGCACAUCCAGCAGCCUGUGGCUCGACUUCAUCACGGAUGCAGAAAACACAAGCAGGGGCUUUGAACUGCAAUUUACUAGCUUCGAGCUCAUCAAAUGUGAGGACCCCGGAACCCCACAGUUUGGCUACAAGGUUCAUGAUGGAGGUCAUUUUGCAGGGAGCUCCGUGUCCUUCAGCUGUGACCCUGGCUACACCCUGCGGGGCAGCGAGGAACUGCUGUGUCUGAGUGGAGAGCGUAGGACCUGGGACCGGCCACUGCCCACCUGUGUCGCCGAGUGUGGAGGAACAGUGAGAGGAGAGGUGUCUGGGCAGGUGCUGUCGCCUGGGUAUCCAGCUCCCUACGAGCACAAUCUGAACUGCAUCUGGACCAUCGAAGCCGAUGAUGGCUGCACCAUUGGGCUCCACUUCCUGGUGUUCGACACAGAGGAGGUUCAUGACGUGCUGCGCAUCUGGGACGGGCCCGUGGAGAGCGGGGUUCUGCUGAAGGAGCUGAGCGGCCCGCAGCUGCCCAAGGACCUGCACAGCACCUUCAGCUCGGUUGUUCUGCAGUUCAGCACGGACUUCUUCACCAGCAAGCAGGGCUUUGCCAUCCAGUUCUCAGUGUCCACAGCAACGUCCUGCAACGACCCUGGGGUCCCACAGAACGGAAGCCGGAGCGGCGACAGCUGGGAAGCGGGCGACUCCACCGUGUUCCAGUGUGACCCCGGCUACGCGCUGCAGGGCAGCUCAGAAAUCAGCUGUGUGAGGAUCGAGAACAGAUUCUUCUGGCAGCCCAGCCCGCCCACGUGCACCGCUCCCUGUGGGGGAGACCUAACUGGACCCUCAGGAGUCAUCCUGUCACCCAACUACCCAGAGCCCUACCCACCAGGCAAGGAGUGUGACUGGAAAGUGACCGUCUCGCCAGACUACGUCAUCGCCCUGGUAUUUAACAUCUUUAACCUGGAGCCUGGCUACGACUUCCUGCACAUCUACGACGGCCGGGACUCGCUCAGCCCUCUCAUAGGCAGCUUCUAUGGCUCCCAGCUGCCAGGCCGCAUUGAAAGCAGCAGCAACAGCCUCUUCCUUGCCUUCCGCAGCGACGCUUCUGUGAGCAACGCGGGCUUCGUCAUUGACUACACAGAAAACCCACGAGAGUCAUGUUUUGACCCUGGUUCCAUCAAGAAUGGCACGCGGGUGGGGUCCGACCUGAAGUUGGGCUCCUCGAUCACCUACUACUGUCACGCGGGCUACGAGGUUGAGGGCACCCCCACCCUGAGCUGCGUCCUGGGGCCCGACGGGAAGCCCGCAUGGAACAACGCAAGGCCAGUCUGCACAGCUCCCUGUGGUGGACAGUAUGUGGGUUCAGACGGAGUGGUCUUGUCCCCCAACUACCCCCAGAACUACACCAGCGGACAGAUCUGCUUAUAUUUUGUCACUGUGCCCAAGGACUAUGUGGUAUUUGGCCAGUUCGCCUUCUUCCACACGGCCCUCAACGACGUAGUGGAGGUACAUGAUGGCCACAGCCAGCACUCUCGGCUCCUCAGCUCACUCUCGGGCUCCCACACAGGAGAGUCACUGCCAUUGGCCACCUCCAAUCAAGUUCUCAUUAAGUUCAGCGCCAAAGGCCAAGCACCAGCCAGGGGUUUCCACUUUGUCUACCAAGCGGUGCCCCGAACCAGCGCCACACAGUGCAGCUCGGUGCCAGAACCCCGCUAUGGCAAGAGGCUGGGCAGUGACUUCUCAGUGGGAGCCACCAUCCGCUUCGAAUGCAACUCCGGCUACGCCCUGCAGGGCUCCCCAGAAAUCGAGUGCCUUCCUGUGCCAGGGGCCUUGGCCCAGUGGAAUGUCUCUGCACCAACCUGUGUGGUGCCAUGUGGCGGCAACCUCACUGAGCGCAGGGGCACCAUUCUGUCCCCUGGCUUCCCAGAGCCCUACCUCAACAGCCUCAACUGCGUGUGGAAGAUCAUGGUUCCUGAAGGUGCUGGCAUCCAGAUUCAAGUCAUCAGCUUUGUUACAGAGCAGAACUGGGACUCUCUAGAAGUGUUUGAUGGAGCAGAUAACACUGUAACCAUGCUGGGGAGUUUCUCAGGAACAACCGUCCCUGCCCUUCUGAACAGCACCUCCAACCAGCUCUACCUCCACUUCUACUCGGACAUCAGCGUGUCUGCCGCCGGCUUCCACUUGGAGUACAAAACCGUGGGCCUCAGCAGUUGCCCUGAACCCGCCGUGCCCAGUAACGGAGUGAAGAGCGGGGAGCGCUACUUGGUGAAUGACGUGGUCUCUUUCCAGUGUGAGCCAGGAUAUGCCCUCCAGGGCCACGCCCACAUCUCCUGCAUGCCCGGAACUGUACGGCGGUGGAACUACCCUCCCCCACUCUGCAUUGCGCAGUGUGGGGGCGCCAUAGACGAGCUGGAGGGGGUGAUCCUGAGCCCCGGCUUCCCAGGCAACUACCCCAGCAACAUGGACUGUUCCUGGAAGAUCGUGCUGCCUGUGGGCUUUGGAGCUCACAUCCAGUUCCUGAACUUCUCCACGGAGCCCAACCACGACUUCAUAGAGAUCCGGAGCGGCCCCUCCGAGAGCAGCCGCAUGAUGGGCAGGUUCAGCGGGAGCGAGCAGCCGGGCUCCCUGCUCUCCACGUCCCAUGAGACCAUCGUGCACUUCCACAGCGACCACUCUCAGAACCGGCCGGGAUUCAAGCUUGAGUACCAGGCCUAUGAACUUCAAGAGUGCCCAGACCCAGAGCCCUUUGCCCAUGGCAUCGUGAGGGGAGCUGGCUAUAAUGUUGGACAAUCUGUGACCUUCGAAUGCCUCCCAGGAUAUCAGCUGUCCGGCUAUCCUGUCCUCACAUGUCAACAUGGCACCAACAGGAACUGGGAUCACCCCCUGCCCAGGUGUGAAGUCCCCUGUGGCGGAAACAUCACCUCUUCCAAUGGCACCGUGUACUCCCCUGGGUAUCCCAGCCCAUACUCCAGCUCCCAGGACUGCGUCUGGCUGAUCACCGUGCCCGUGGGUCAUGGUGUCCUUCUCAACCUCAGCCUGCUGCAGACGGAGCCCUCCGGAGACUUCAUCACCGUCUGGGAUGGGCCAUUGCAGACAUCUCUUCAGCUUGGCGUCUUCACCCGAAGCUUGGCUAAGAAGACAAUGUACAGCUCCACCAACCAGGUCCUGCUCAAGUUCCACCGCGAUGUGGCCGCUGGCGGGAUCUUCGCCAUCACCUUCUCCGCUUAUCCGCUCACCAAGUGUCCGCCCCCCACCAUCCUGCCCAACGCUGAAGUGGUCACAGAGAACGAGGAAUUCAACAUAGGUGACAUCGUCCGCUACAGGUGCCUUCCCGGCUUUACCUUAGUGGGGAACGAAAUCCUCACCUGCAAACUUGGAACAUACCUGCAGUUUGAAGGCCCACCUCCAAUAUGCGAAGUGCAAUGCCCGACGAAUGAGCUUAUGACAGACUCCACGGGCGUGAUCCUGAGCCAGAGCUACCCCGGAAGCUACCCGCAGUUCCAGACCUGCUCUUGGCUGGUGAGAGUGGAGCCAGAGUACAACAUCUCCAUCACAGUGGAGUACUUCCUCAGCGAGAAGCAGUACGAUGAGUUUGAAAUCUUUGAUGGUCCCUCAGGGCAAAGUCCCCUGCUGAAAGCCCUCAGUGGGAACUACUCAGCUCCUCUGAUUGUCACCAGCUCCAGCAACAGCGUGUACCUGCGCUGGUCAUCAGACCACGCCUACAACCGGAAGGGCUUCAAGAUCCGGUAUUCAGCUCCUUACUGCAGCCUGCCCAAGGCUCCGCCCCAUGGCUUCAUCCUGGGCCAGACCACCACCCAGCCCGGAGGCUCCAUCCACUUCGGCUGUGAUGCAGGCUACCGCUUGGUGGGACACAGCAUGGCCAUCUGUACCAGGCACCCUCAGGGCUAUCACCUGUGGAGCGAGGCCAUUCCUCUCUGUCAAGCUCUUUCCUGUGGUCUUCCCAAUGCUCCCAAGAAUGGAAUGGUAUUCGGCAAGGAGUACACAGUGGGGACCAAGGCUGUGUACAGCUGCAAUGAAGGCUACCACCUCCAGGCUGGUGCCGAGGCCACCGCAGAGUGUCUGGAAACGGGCCUGUGGAACAACCGCAAUGUGCCCCCACAGUGUGUCCCUGUGACCUGUCCUGAUGUCAGCAGCGUCAGUGUGGAGCAUGGCCGAUGGAGGCUCAUCUUUGAGACCCAGUACCAGUUCCAGGCCCAGCUGAUGCUCAUCUGUGACCCUGGCUACUACUACACUGGUCAGAGGGUCAUCCGCUGUCAGGCCAAUGGCAGAUGGAGCCUGGGGGACUCUAUGCCCACCUGUCAAAUCAUCUCCUGUGGAGAACUCCCCACACCCCCCAGUGGGCACCGUAUUGGAACACUGUCUGUCUACGGAGCGACCGCCAUCUUCUCCUGCAAUUCCGGGUACACGCUGGUGGGCUCCAGGGUGCGGGAGUGCAUGGCCAAUGGACUCUGGAGUGGCUCAGAAGUCCGUUGCCUCGCUGGACACUGUGGAGCUCCUGAGCCCGUCGUGAACGGACACAUCAACGGAGAGAACUACAACUACCGGGGCAGCGUGGUGUACCAGUGCGGCGCCGGCUUCCGCCUCAUCGGCAUGUCCGUGCGCAUCUGCCAGCAGGACCACCGCUGGUCGGGCAAGACCCCUUUCUGUGUGCCAAUCACCUGCGGGCACCCAGGCAACCCCAUCAACGGUCUCACCCAGGGCAGUCAGUUCAACCUCAAUGACGUCGUCAAGUUUGUUUGCAACCCUGGGUACAUAGCCGAGGGGGCUGCUCGGUCCCAAUGCCUGGCCAAUGGGCAAUGGAGUGACACGCUGCCCACCUGCAGAAUCAUGAAUUGUACAGACCCUGGACAUCAAGAAAAUAGCGUCAGACAAGUCCACACCAACAGUCCACACAGGUUCAGCUUCGGGACUACUGUGUCCUACCAGUGCAACCCUGGCUUCUACCUCCUGGGCACUCCCGCACUCAGCUGCCAGGGCGAUGGCACGUGGGACCGGCCCCGCCCCCAGUGUCUCUUGGUGUCCUGCGGCCAUCCGGGCUCCCCGCCUCAUUCCCAGAUGUCUGGAGACAGCUAUACGGUGGGGGCAGUCGUGCGUUACAGCUGCACCGGCAAGCGGACUCUGGUGGGAAACGCCACCCGCAUGUGUGGGCUGGAUGGGCACUGGACUGGCUCCCUUCCCCACUGCUCAGGAAGCAGCACGGGAGUGUGUGGCGACCCAGGGAUCCCAGCCCACGGCAUCCGCCUUGGGGACAGCUUCGUCCCCGGCAGCCUGAUGCGCUUCAGCUGCGAACCUGGCCACGUGCUCAGGGGGUCACCGGAACGAACCUGCCAAGCCAACGGCUCAUGGAGUGGCACACAGCCUGAGUGUGGAGUGAUCUCCUGCGGGAACCCUGGGACUCCAAGCAAUGCUCGAGUCGUGUUCAGCGACGGCCUGGUGUUCUCCAGCUCCGUCGUCUAUGAGUGUCGGGAAGGGUACUACGCCACGGGCCUGCUCAGCCGGCACUGCUCGGUCAAUGGCACCUGGACAGGCAGUGACCCCGAGUGCACAGUCAUAAACUGCGGUGACCCUGGGAUCCCGGCCAACGGCCUCCGCUUGGGCAAUGACUUCAGGUACAACAAAACCGUAACAUACCAGUGUGUCCCUGGAUACGUGAUGGAGUCACACAGAGUGUCGGUGCUGAGCUGCACCAAGGACCGAACAUGGAAUGGAACCAAGCCAGUCUGCAAAGCCAUCAUGUGCAAGUCACCUCAGGCCAUCCCCAACGGGAAGGUGGUGGGAUCUGACUUCAUGUGGGGCUCCAGCGUGACCUACGCCUGUCUAGAAGGGUACCAGCUCUCCCUGCCCGCGGUGCUCACCUGCGAGGGAAACGGAUCGUGGACUGGAGAGCUGCCCCAGUGCUUCCCUGUGUUCUGCGGAGACCCCGGGGUCCCACCCCGUGGGAGGAGAGAGGACCGUGGUUUCUCCUACAGGUCAUCUGUGUCCUACUCCUGUCUUCCCCCGCUGGUCCUGGUGGGCUCCCCACGGAGGUUUUGCCAGUCCGACGGGACAUGGAGUGGCACACAGCCCAGCUGCAUAGAUCCCACGCUGACCACGUGCACAGACCCCGGCAUGCCACAGUUUGGGAUGCAGAACAACUCCCAAGGCUACCAGGUUGGAAGCACCGUGCUCUUCCGUUGUCAGAAAGGUUACCUGCUUCAGGGCUCUACCUCCCGAACCUGUCUCCCCAACCUGACCUGGAGCGGAACCCCACCGGACUGUGUCCCCCACCACUGCAAGCAACCGGAGACCCCCACACACGCCAACGUCGGGGCCCUGGACCUGCCCUCCAUGGGCUACACACUCAUCUACUCCUGCCAGGAGGGCUUCUCGCUCAAGGGCGGCUCAGAGCACCGCACCUGCAAAGCGGAUGGCAGCUGGACCGGCAAGCCCCCUGUCUGCCUGGCAGAGGUCCGGCCCAGUGGGAGACCCAUCAACACUGUCCGGGAGCCUCCACUCACCCAAGCCUCAGUUCCCGGGGAUGUGUUUGCCAAGAACUCUCUCUGGAAAGGGGCCUACGAGUACCAGGGGAAGAAGCAGCCAGCCAUGCUGAGAGUGACUGGCUUCCAGGUCACCAACAGCAAGGUCAAUGCCACCAUGAUUGACCACAGUGGCGUGGAGCUGCACUUGGCUGGAAAUUACAAGAAAGAAGAUUUCCACCUCCUGCUCCAGGUCUACCAGAUUACGGGGCCUGUGGAGAUCUUUGUGAAUAAGUUCAAAGAUGAUCACUGGGCUUUAGAUGGUCAUGUCUCCUCGGAGUCUUCUGGAGGCACCUUCGUCUACCAGGGCUCUGUCAAGGGCCAAGGCUUCGGGCAGUUCGGCUUUCAGAGGCUCGACCUCAGGCUGUUGGAGUCCGACCCCGAGUCCAUCGGCCGCCACUUUGCUUCCAACAGCAGCUCGGUGGCGGCCGCCAUCCUGGUGCCUUUCAUCGCCCUCAUCAUCGCGGGCUUCGUGCUUUACCUCUACAAGCACAGGAGAAGACCCAAAGUUCCAUUCAACGGCUACGCGGGCCACGAGAACACAAAUGUUCGGGCCACGUUUGAGAACCCCAUGUAUGACCGCAACAUCCAGCCCACAGACAUCAUGGCCAACGAGGCAGAGUUCACAGUCAGCACGCUCCCCAGGGGGGCAGGCAGGAGCUCCCCUGAGCACAGCGCCCAGUGCCCAUCUUCGUCUGUCUCUCCGCCUGUGUCUGCCACUGCUGGGACUCGGGCCCUCGCUCGCUCUGCCACCAUCUGUGCCCGCCACCCUGGAGAGGAAGGACUCUACUAUGCCCUGGCUUGGGGCAAUAAAGGAAGAAGGGCUGCAGAUGGAGGGAAGCAGUUUAUGGAAUUGAAAUAGCAAAUCACCUUGUGGGUGUGCAUAUGUGUGCAUGGGCCCAAGCACGCACCUCUCCUUCAUUGUGUCCCAUGGAAGAGACCACAGAGGCCUAUAAAAGGGAAGUUGUAUGUGCACGGAAGAUGCCCCAGGUUCUGUCCCCCACAAACACAUGACAUGACAAGGGGCACCGUCAGCUCUCAGACCGACAUGUCCCCCGCCCCAUGUGUGAGGACACUGUGAACACAUCAACAGGAUGUAUCCCACGGGGGUCGGUAUGCAGAAGCCCAUUGUCUAUAAGUAUGGUCUCAUCUGCAUAGUCACUGCAAGGAUUACCCAGAGGGCAGAAGAAAAAAAAAAUCUUCAGAAACAGUUCCUCCGUAAUCUUUUUUUUUUUUUUUUAGCCAUGAUUGCUUUGAGUUUUAAACCCAGUGAAUUUCAAAAGUCAUUUGGAUCCUGGGUAGCUUAAAUGAAAAGAAAGAUUAGCCAGCCUGGAAAGGCAGGAAUCUAGCUUAGGAUCCCAGGGUCACACCUGGCUGUCAGCUGACCAAGAAAAGAGAAAACUUUUCUUGGCCCAGACAGCAGACAUUAAAAGGCCUGGGGAGCAAGCCAGCCCCAGCUCCAAAAGAUGAUGGCCACCAUUUGCUGGUGUCUUCUCUGUGCCUGACACUUUAUAUGUAUUGUUUCUGGCCUGUUAAACAUCACCAAAGUAGGAUUUGUUCUUCCCACUUUAUGGAUGAGGAAAUGGAGGUCAGGGACGAUAGAGUCAUGAGCAGCAGAGUGAGGGCGUGUGAAGCAAGGAUUCCAUCCCAAAUUUCUCUGACUUCCCCCCGCCCAAAAGUCUACUGUACCAACUGCCAGAAACCCAGGCCUACCUAGAAGGGGCACCAAAGACAAGAGAGCAUCUCAGCAGGUGCACCGUAGCGGGUUCUGGCCAGACAGGAAACACCUGUGUCCAAUACAGGCUCUGUUCACUACGCCUGCGCAGCACCAGGUCAAGGGACCCAUCCAUCCAGCCUCCCUGAAUCGGUGCUGACCCCUUGGCUCCCAGAGACCCUUGACCCCACCAGACAAAGGUCCCAGCAGCUCCCAGAUCAGAAGAACGCAGCGGAAGCCACUCUACCCGGCUCCUCGCACAUGGCUCGGACUUACUUGAGCAGUGUCACCUCUUUGGGUUAUUAAUGUGUUCCAUCUGAGUAUCGUUGGGAAGCAUAUGAGUGUAAGAAUUGACAUAUGCUGUUUAGAUCUGUUUUCUCUGUCCUUGGGAAAGUCCCCCCAGCCUGACACCCCGACGUCCAUGUGACAUGCCAGCCAUGUUCAUAUGGCAGCAUAUUAAAAUAGCAAACAGAAAUGAGUGGGAGCAGAGGGGCAGGGCCACCUGGUUCAUACUCCAGUUGUAGUAACAAUUAAAAAGAUCUAAUCAAAUGCUAUUAAGAUGGGCUAAAAGCAGAUGCAGUAGAGACUGUCAAUGGCAGGAGCCCACUCGUGCCCACACGCCCUCUGGGACUCAGCAUCCCUGGGGAGGUGGGAGAGGACCAGUCCAGACAAAUACACUCACAUUCAUUUCUUUCUGUCCCUGAAAAAAAAAAAUUCCCAGGAAGCUCUGCUGCUCCUUCCCCUCCUCACACAGACCACCCAGUGGACUGCACCCCCCAGACCCCGCCCUGGCCCUGCCUCCACUCCCUCCCCCGCGUCUUCUUGGAAAGUUCUGCCAGGCACAAGAGGAGCACAGGCCUGGGGGGCGGGCUCGCUGCUGUGCACCGCAUCUCUGGCACUUUCUCUCCACCUCCAGAGGCUCAGAAGGGACCAGACAGAUCCCCUUUGCCUGUCAUUCAUAUCAUGUUCCCACUCACCUCCAUCCCAUGAGGAGAAAAAAAAAAAAGGAAAACAAAAACAAAACAAAAAAAUCUUUUGUACAGAGAUAUAUUUUUAUUAUACAAAGUUUGUACAGUACCAAAAAAGAAAGAAAAAAAAGGUGUAAAUUUUUUUUCAUUAUUGUAGGUAAAUGGUAGUGGAAGCCUUUUUUUGUAAAUGUAAUAAAAUGUAUAAAUAUGGUUUUCAGAAAACAUCAAGUGCUGUAAAUAUGUAAUCUACACACCUUCUUGGCUUGUCUGCAGUAUAUACAUUUAAUUUAUCUCUCUCUGUAUAGGAGGCUUCCCCUGGGGUUCUGCAUAUGGUACUUUCCUGAAUUUGAAAGCAAUUUUAAAUUUUUUGAAUUCAAAUAAAAUAUAAAUUUUUGCA